GUCAAUUGUCACUUGUCACUCCGAGGAAAGCGCGUAAAUUCCCAUAAAUGUUGCAUUUUCUCUUGGAAUACUAAUUUAUACGUGUUAUACUUUUUAUUCGGGACUCUACCUGCUUCAUUUGGCGUAAAGAAGAAUGUCUCAAGACAGCGACCCUCCACUACCAGAAGGAUGGGAGAUGCGGACCAGCCGAUCUACUGGCAUGACAUACUUCCUCAACAGUUACACGAAGAAGUCACAAUGGGAGAGACCAGAGGCCCCUGCGGACCCGGGUGAGAUACGUUGCUGCCAUAUCCUGAUUAAGCAUGCUGGCAGCCGGAGGCCAUCUUCAUGGAGGGAAGAGAAGAUAAACCGGACUAAAGAGGAUGCUUUAGAUGCCCUUAAGGGGUAUCGCAAGCAGAUAGUUUCUAAAAAUGCUCAGUUUGUUGAUAUUGCAUCAAAGUAUUCAGAUUGCUCGUCAGCAAAAAGAGGUGGUGAUCUAGGAAUGUUCGGGCGAGGCCAAAUGCAGGCUCCAUUUGAAGAAGAAGCUUUUAAGCUUAAAGUUGGACAGCUGAGUAAGCCUAUUGAGACAGAAUCUGGAUAUCACAUUAUUUUAAGGACUGUUUGAACUAAGUUUUCCUUUUUAAAUGUUUCAUGGUGAAUAUAUGUUUGUUUGGUUAGUCAAUGACAUUUUAUAUCUCUAAUAAGAUCUACUCCCUUAUUUUAAGUAUAAAUUUUUACUCUUUUCUAUAGAGUACUUCAAAAUUAAGGUAAUAAUAUGGCAAUAAAGUAUGUUUC